CGAGGACACUUAAAAAAAAAAAAUUAAAUAAUACAAAAAAAAGUACUUUCGCCUGAGGUAUAACUUUUUUAUUGCGUUUGAUUUCAAAUUCUGAUGACAGAAAGAAAAAUUUGAAUUUUUUUUUUUUUUUUUUUCCCCCCACCUCCGUGGUUGUUUUGGCUUCCCAUGUGGACACAAUGAGGCCGUGUGUCCUUAUCCUUACCGGAGACAAUGCGGCAAGAUGCUCCGUGGACGACGUUUCUCCCACGGUGGCGUCGCUCGGGGCAGACGGAGAGCAACGUAAAGAAUGAAGUUGCAGCCCUCGUGUGAGAAGCCACACACCGAUCCCCUAGAACUGGAAUUGCCAGGACUCAAAAAAUGAAGAUCAAAUAUGCCAUUGUCUUCAUCUUUAUCGUGGCUCUGGUCAUCAUUGAAAAGGAAAGCAACAUCCUAUCGAGGGUGUCUGACAAGAUGAUGCAGAGGCAAACGCCCCAGCAGACGCCACAAUCGCCGCUGGAUUACGGCAACGCAACGCAAAACAGCCCGACCCCGUUCAAAAUGCUGCUCUCGAACGUCAACGCUACGAAAGAGAGUGACUCCAAUCAAACAGAAGAAGUUGAGGACCCGGUGGGCCCCGAAGACGAUCGCAAGCAAAUUUUACUCAUGGCCACCACGAGGUCGGGUUCCUCGUUCGUGGGCGAGUUCUUCAACCAGCACGGCGAGAACACCUUCUACCUCUAUGAGCCCCUGUGGCAUGUUGAACACAUGCUGAGCGCCACCGCCGAGACCAACAAUGGGAGCCUGAUACCCGCAAACUACCGGGAUGUACUCCGGGGCCUCUUCCUGUGCGAUUUCUCGCCUCUGGAGAAGUUCAUAUCGCCGCCUCCCCAGGACCACCUGACCCCGUCGCUGUUCCGUAGAGAGUCGAGUUCGUCGCUGUGUGAGGAAAAGGUCUGCACUCCUGUCAUCAAGGAGAUUUUCGAGAGGUACCACUGCAAAAACCGCCGCUGCGGUCCGCUCAACCUGACCCUGGCUUCGCAGUCCUGCCUUUCCAAACAACACCAGGCCAUCAAGACCGUGCGCGUCCACCAGUGGGAAACCCUGCGGCCUCUGGUGGAGGACCCUCGCCUGAACGUUAAAAUAAUCCAGCUGGUCCGAGACCCGCGCGCCAUAUUGGCGUCGCGUAUGGUGGCUUUCUCCUCCAAGUACAAAACGUGGAAGGCCCUGAUGGAGAGCGGCCGCGUGCCCGAGAACGACGACGAGGUGAAGCGGCUGCAGGGAAACUGUGAAAAUAUCCGUUGGUCCGCCGAGCUGGGCCUGAGCCAACCUCGCUGGCUGAGGAGACGCUACAUGUUGGUGCGCUACGAGGACAUCGCUCGGUACCCCAUGCAGAAAGCCGAGGAGAUGUACCGCUUCACCGGCAUCCCCUUCAGUGCCCAAGCCCGGGAGUGGAUUCUGAAGAACACCCAGACUACAGAGGGAGACAGCGGGAUCUACUCCACCCAGAAAAACUCCUCGGAGCAGGCGGAAAAAUGGAGGUUCAGCAUUCACUUCACGCUGGCUCAGAUGGUGCAGCGGCUGUGCGGACCCACCAUGAAGCUGUUUGGCUACAAGUUUGUGGACGACGCAAAGACGCUGCUCAAUAAGUCCAUCAGUUUGCUCGAAGACAAGACGUUUCACUGAAACAUGAGGGAGACGAGGAGCCAUGAGAAGCCAUUGCACGGACCAAAAUGUACAGUCGUGGUCAAAAGUUCUCGUAAAGAACGUAACGUCAAACAGUCUUGAGUUUCCAAUCAUUUCUAAAACUCAGUUUUUUUUCGUGAGUGGAGCACAUACUUGUUGGUCGCAAAAAACAUUCUUGAAGUUUGGUUCUUUUGUGAGUUGAAUUAUGGGUCUACUGAGAAGAGAAAUGUGAGGCAUUCAAUCCCAGGAACAGCAUACCUACCGUCCGUCAGAGUUAGUUUGGGACGAACCCAGAGAUGCAGAGAAGGAGGCAGGCAUCGAGUAAGAAAACAGGAUUUAAUAAAACACCACGACUUGUCCAGGGUGUACCCCGCCUUCCACCCGAUUGUAGCUGAGAUAGGCGCCAGCGACCCCAAAAAGGGAAUAAGCGGUAGAAAACGGAUGGAUGGAUGGACCAAGACAAAACCGAACAAAAGGGUACAAACAAAAGGCGCGCACGAGGCGGAUAACAAACUAAAAGAGCUAGCAUGGGAGCUAGAAGAUAACAAGCAGGAAACAAAAGUCGUUACUUGUAGUAUGAAAACAAACAGGGAACAAAAAACAGUAAGCUACAAACUGCUACCAAAAUAUAGCUUACCGCUACGCUGCAAAGACACAACUCUUUUUUUUUCGUGAUAAAGUCAUUGGAGCACAUACUUGUUGGUCGCAAAAAACAUUCUUGAAGUUCGGUUCUUUUGUGAGUUGAAUUAUGGGUCUACUGAGAAGAGAAAAUGUGAGGCAUUCAAUCCCAGGAACAGCAUACCUACCGUCCGUCAGAGUUAGUUUGGGACAAACCCAGAGAUGCAGAGAAGGAGGCAGGCAUCGAGUAAGAAAACAGGAUUUAAUAAAACACCACGACUUGUCCAGGGUGUACCCCGCCUUCCACCCGAUUGUAGCUGAGAUAGGCGCCAGCGACCCCAAAAAGGGAAUAAGCGGUAGAAAAUGGAUGGAUGGAUGGACCAAGACAAAACCGAACAAAAGGGUACAAACAAAAGGCGCGCACGAGGCGGAUAACAAACUAAAAGAGCUAGCAUGGGAGCUAGAAGAUAACGAGCAGGAAACAGAAGUCGUUACUUGUAGUAUGAAAACAAACAGGGAACAAAAAACAGUAAGCUACAAACUGCUACCAAAAUAUAGCUUACCGCUACACUGCAAAGACACAACUCUUUUUUUUUUGUGAUAAAGUCAUUGGAGCACAUACUUGUUGGUCGCAAAAAACAUUCUUGAAGUUUGGUUCUUUUGUGAGUUGAAUUAUGGGUCUACUGGGAAGAGAAAAUGUGAGGCAUUCAAUCCCAGGAACAGCAUACCUACCGUCCGUCAGAGUUAGUUUGGGACGAACCCAGAGAUGCAGAGAAGGAGGCAGGCAUCGAGUAAGAAAACAGGAUUUAAUAAAACACCAAGACAAAACCGAACAAAAGGCUACAAACAAAAGGCGCGCACGAGGCGGACAACAAACUAAAAGAGCUAGCAUGGGAGCUAGAAGAUAACGAGCAGGAAACCGAAGUCGUUACUUGUAGUAUGAAAACAAACAAGGAACCAAAAACAGUAAGCUACAAACUGCUACCAAAAUAUAGCUUACCGCUGCGCUGCAAAGACACGACACGACAG